AAUAAUUUCCAAAUUAAGUUUUCUGUUAUUUAUAUUCUAAACUUAUAUGUAUGUAUUCCAGGUUAUAUUUUACCUUAUUCCAGUAUGAUUUCAGUAUGAUUAAGACUUUUUAAAGACCAUAUUUUGCCAAAUAGAGUUCACAGAGUAUUAUCCAGUAAUCUAAACUUAAGCCUUAGAAUCUACGACUCAUCAAGAAACAUUCUUAUUACAAUGCUUUUUAGGACUUGCGUACUGUCCCAUGUCCUAUGACCUCAGGAAUAUCAGGAUGAAACUAUACCUAUAAAGAGAAGUAUCAAGUAAAUUUUAAGAGAGAAAUUCAUUGUAUAUUUUUACAAGGAACAAUCUGGGGAUUUGAAUUAUAAGGGAAGAAAGCAUGAGGAAUCAAAGUAAUAGUUACUGCUAAUAUUUUGAGAAAGCUUUGGCUCAGUGUCUUUUGUUUGAGAUUCAGUCAGUGUUGUGUGUGGCUGAAGUUCCUCGUUCCCUUUUUCUGUGGUGGUCCGCUGCAUCCCUUCUGUUGAGAGCUGUUUGGGCUGUCUCUGGUCUUUGCUGCUGUAAAUAGAUCGUGCCACAGUGGGCAUCCUUGUCCUGUCCUGUGCACCGUGCAGGAGUUCUGCAGGGUGAGGGGGCUGAGUUGCAGGAAGGGAAGAAAGGGAGAUGCUUUUGGCUGUCGGACCUGUGAGGUGAUGUGCUACUGUCUCUGGUGGGUGGAGACCUGGCGUGCUGCUCAGCUCCCUACAAUGAGUGCUCAGGACAGCUUUCCCACCGGCUCCCACCCUCCCACACACCAAACAAUUGUUGGGCUCCAAAUGCUGGUGCCGAGACAGAGAACCCCUGCUCUAGGGUAGGUACCUGGGGUGGACUGCUGGCUGGCUGGGUGGGUUUGUGCACUUUGAACUUCAGUAGAUACUAACGAGCUGUUUACACUCUUUUCAGCAGUACAUGGCCUCUUGAAUUACGCAUUGUCCUUUUCGGCACUUGAUCAUCGCUGCCUUUCAGAUUUUUGCCAGCUUGGUAAAUGUGGAAUGAUGUCUCACUGUGGAAUUUUCAUUUCCUGAAUAGCAAUGAGAUUGAGCAUCUUUUCGCGUCUGUCUGCUUUUUUAUUUCCUUAGAGAAAUGCCUCCUGAUACCAUUUUGCCCGUUUUCCAGUUGUUUUAUUUGUGCUUUUCUUAAUUGUAUCUGGGAUUUCUUUAUAUAUACUAGAUUCUUCUCAUCUCUGAGACACUAACCCUUUAUAUUUGUUGUAGGUAACUUCUCCAGUUCAUGAGUUUAUUCUGAUGAACAGAGAAGUUCUUGGUUUAAAUGGGGAAGAACUUUAUUUAUGAUUAAUGGUUUUUGCAGGGAGGUGCGCUUCCUGCCGGAUCCCCAGGCAGACAGGACCGCCUCUGAGGAGACCACACUGGAGCAGCACUGAAACCAGGUCUCAGUGAGGAUUUUUAGACCCUGUGAGUAAAGACAGCCUCGUGUUCCCAGUAUAUCAUGGCUUCAUCUUCAAGCAACCUCACUCCUGGGAGAGGUGCUGGCUCAAAGCUUAAGUCCAUGAAGUUGCUCGAGGUUCUGAAUGCCCUGGAGGAAGACGAAUCUGGCCACAGUAGGAAGGAGAUCUACAUCGCACCACCCAGUAACGCUGCGGGGGACUUCACUGAUGAGGACUCGGGCGAUGAAGAUGGCCGGCGAGGAACCCACCUGCCCGGCAGCGUGCUGCACGCCUUUGUUGUGCCCGAGGAUUCUGGCCCUGGGGAGGAUGAGGACGACCUGCAGCCAGCCAGGAAGAAGCGGAGGGCAGGAGUGGAGCCUCAGCGCGUUUGGACCAAAAGAGACAUCCGGCCGGACUUCAGCAGCUGGACAGCGUCAGAUCCUCAUAUGGAAGAUCUCAGAAGCCAGGAGCUGAGUCCUGUGGGCCUCUUUGAAUUGUUUUUUGAUGAAGGCACAAUUAAUUUUAUUGUUGAUGAAACCAAUCGUUAUGCUUGUCAGAAAAAUGUCAGCCUGGGUCUCACGGCCCAGGAGCUGAAGUGUGUUCUGGGCAUUUUGAUCUUGAGCGGGUACAUCUCCUACCCAAGGAGAAGGAUGUUUUGGGAAACGUCUCCUGAUUCCCAUCACCAUCUCGUGGCUGAUGCAAUCCGGAGGGACCGGUUUGAGCUGAUCUUCUCAUACCUGCAUUUUGCAGAUAAUAAUGAGCUGGAUGAAAGUGACCGGUUUGCCAAGGUCAGGCCUCUCAUCGUCCGGAUGAACUGCAAUUUCCAGAAGCACGCACCCUUGGAAGAGUUCUACAGCUUCGGAGAGUCCAUGUGUGAGUACUUCGGACACCGGGGAUCCAAGCAGCUGCCCGCAGGGAAGCCUGUGCGCCUGGGCUACAAGAUUUGGUGUGGGACAACCAGCAGGGGCUACCUGGUGUGGUUCGAGCCCUCGCAGGGCACGCUGUUCACGAAGCCCGGCAGGGGCCUGGACCUGGGAGGCAGCAUGGUGGUCAAAUUUGUAGAUGCGCUUCAGGCACGUGGCUGUCUGCCGUACCACAUAUUUUUGGACAAGGUUUUUACAAGUGUCAAACUGAUGUCCAUUUUGAGGAAGAAAGGAGUGAAGGCGACAGGAACUGUCCGUGAAUACAGAACGGAGCGAUGUCCCCUUAAAGAUCCCAAGGAACUGAAGAAGUUGAAGAGGGGUUCGUUUGAUUACAAAGUGGAUGAGAGUGAGGAGAUCAUUGUCUGCCGCUGGCAUGACAGCCGCGUGGUCAACAUCUGCUCCAACGCGGUGGGCAUAGAGCCGGUGGGGCUGAGCAGCCAUCACUCGGGGGCGGCCAGAACGCAGUCCCAGGUCCACCAGCCAUCCCUGGUGAGGCUGUACCAGGAGAAGGUGGGGGGUGUCGGCCGGAUGGACCAGAACAUCGCCAAGUACAAGGUGAAGAUCCGGGGUAUGAAGUGGUACUCGAGUUUCAUUGGCUACGUCAUCGACGCUGCUCUUAACAACGCGUGGCAGCUGCACCGGAUAUGCUGCCGAGACGCCCAGGUGGACCUCCUGGCCUUCCGGAGGUACGUGGCCUGUGUGUACCUGGAGAGCAACGCGGACACGUCGUCCCAGGGGAGGCGAAGUAGGAGGCUGGAAACCGAGAGCCGCUUCGACAUGAUUGGGCACUGGAUCAUCCACCAGGACAAGAGGACCCGCUGCGCCCUCUGCCACUCGCAGACCAACACCCGCUGCGAGAAGUGCCAGAAGGGCGUGCAUGCCAAGUGCUUCAGGGCGUACCACAUCCGGUGAGGCGCGCCCCGCAGGGGGGGCCCCCCCGCCGGUCUGCCUUAUGCUGAGAUGUUUACAGCUGAUGACAUGCGGCACUUGGAGCACUUGCAGUUUGUGUUGGAAAAAAAA